AUCAGGGGACAAGAAACUUUAGUUGGUUCGUAGAAAGUAGUUAAACAAAAGAUAAGCACUUUUUUAUUUUAUAUUUUAAUCUCCAAUUUGAACUUUUACACACUUUCCUGGAGACUUUUUGAUUAUUUUAUUUCUUUUUGAGGACUUAACAGAUUCAGAUGAGAAUAAUGCAUUGCAGUACUACACAGAAUUAAGCCGAAUGGAUGCUUAAUUGCACCAGCUGAUAAAAUGGCUAAACAGUAUUAAACCAAGAGGAUCCAUGCUUUUAGGCUUGCGAAAAGGAAAAGGUGCAACUACCAUGGUAACACUAAUAACCGAGAAGCUUCAAAACCAAAGCCUGGAUGAUUUGACUUGCAAAACCUAUAAUAUUAAUCUGCGCUCAUCUGAGAAGCUGAACAAAACUGGCAACUUGUUCCCUUACGAAAUCAAUGAAGAGAGCCCAUGGAAUAUUAUUAACAGUGCUUGUCCAAUCAGGACUGAGUUGAACAAGAAUUCAAUAUUCCCUUUUCCGGUGUGCCCAUUCAGUGCAGGCACCACUGGAGGAUUACAUCUUAAAUGGCAAAAUGAAUCAACCAGUAAGUCCAUAGUAUCAGGGUGGAUAAGUGAACUUAACCUCAAUGAAAGCCUUGGACAGCCUCUGGCACCUCCCACAAAACGGCACUGCAGGUCAUUGUCUGAGCCAGAUGAACUGUCCCGUUGCCGCUCCCCCUGGAAACCUGGGAAUUCCAAGGUUUGGACUCCUGUAUCAAAAAGACGUUGUAAUAGUGGUGGGAGUUCCACAUUACAGCGCUGCAAUAGCCAUGUUGGUGCCACUCUGCAGAGAAGCACAAGUAUCAGUCUGCCACAAAAUGCACUGGCUCUCAACAAUAACAUCUUUACAGCUACUGCAUGCGACUUGUCUCCUGUCCCUAGGCCUUCAUCUGCCAGCAGUGGCUAUGUGGACAGCAGUGAAGGAAGCACAAGUUCUAGCAGUCGCUGGAACUCUGAAGAACCUUGUGAGUUUGAUCCAAGGAGACGCCUCUCUUUGUCUCAGGAGCAUAUUACAGAGAACGGAGACCUCUUGCCUUCAGCCAAUAGCACACCAACCUCAACUCCAGAGCUCAGGAGGCGUCAGGGCUUACUGAGAUGCCGUUCCCAGCCCUGUGUGCUAAAUGAGAGGAAAACCAGACUAAAGCGCAGACGUGACGAAGAUGUCCGAUGGCACCGGCCAUCUUUAGAUUUUUUUAAAAUGACAAGGACUUUAAAAAAUUCGAAAAGCCUUUGUUCCCUUGAUUAUGAGGAGGAUGAAGAUUCACACAUGAAGACUAUUGUGUCAUCUCCCUGUGAUUCAAGUGACAUGAUUAUGAAUAUUACUCCUGGACCUAGUCCAAUGAAGGAGUCCCUCGAGGAUGGAAGGCAUAAUGAAUCCUGCCACGUUCCCAACUCAAGAGAUUACAAGAGAGAGGCUACAUUGAGUGAAAGCGAAGAGGACAUCAGCGAUGCGGAGAGCACAGAAGGGAAUUUGUUUCCAAUAAACUGUGAUGAUUUGGAUCUUGAGCAAAUAGAAAAUAACUGAGUCACAAAGCUUUAUUAAAGUGCUUUGUCCUGACAGUGAAUGGUAGCGGUAUAUCUCCAUCUGUCUCUGAGUGCCUUCGGCAUUCGUUUAGAAGCUGUAUCAGGGGAGCUGACAAGUGGAAUAUUGUCACCUGUUUAGUUUCUUUAAAUGGACUAUAAUAUGGUUGGAGAUAGCUCUGCAAAAACCCCAAUGGAAGCAAGAUAGGCUGCAAUGCAUUGUGUAGCAUUGAUGGGGUUAGUUCUACACCUUGUAAUGUUUACAGAGGGAAACCUUGUUUGCCAAGCUAUGUUGGUGUAUAUGUUCUUGUAUGUGUUCUGCUAAAACUAGCUCUGAAAGGGCGAGUUCAGACUGGCAUUAUGCCACACACUUCAAGCAAAAUAGAAGAAAGGUCUAUUUAAAUAUUAACAGCCUUCCUUCUUGAAAUUGUGUUGGACUAAGUACGUUUACACAACUUAUGUAGCUUGGUAAACAUCUCACAUACUUUGCUAAUAGUGAAACAUUGUAGGAGUUUCAGGGGAAUAAAGAAAACAUUUAUAAUAAUAAAAAAAAAUCUAACCUAUUUUUUUGCAUUUUUAUGGCUUUUACAGUUCUAAAAAAAACAUCUCUCUAUUUUGAAAUAAAUUUUCAGAAGGGCAUUCUAUAAACUCAUCUGCGUGGUUAUAAGUUUUAUUAAAAGCUUAACAUCUUUGGUGCACACGACAACCAAAUGUGUUGGAAAACUCUAUUACGGCAAAGAUGUUAAUCGUAUAAAUAGAAUCUAGUUGGAAUCUGGUCCAAAAUACCAAAAUAACUGCUCUCCUUUUUGUAGUGGGUGGUUACAAAACUUGAGAACAUCUACAAAGGUUUUAUUUUUUUCUGUAGCUUAAGACUUUUUGAUCAAAUGUAUUAGUGACCUUAAAGGAAAAAAAGCCCAUUAUUUUACUACUUGAAUUGUUUUUCUAUCCUGAACAAAGCAAUUGUAAUUUACAUUAUGCGCAUUUUAAAGGCGCAAGUAGUUUCAUACCUUGUAGGUCAUUGCGUUUUUUCUAUUGUUCAAAAGAAUGUACAAGAGCACUUGAACUUUAGACAGGGACUUUGUAUUGAACAAUUCCACAGGAGACAACCCCUUCAAUAUUAGAAGGAAGAUUUGUCCUUGAAAUAAAAUAAUUUUGCUUUGCA